GGGAUCACGUGACCUGUACGUGUGAUAUUGUCGGAUGACCCGGGAUUGGGGUGCGGCAAGAUGAGUCGUGAGAGUGGAAACAGUGGAAUUAGUGGCUCUAUCGGACCGGCUGGUAAUAGCGGUGGUGGUAGGAGCGGUGGUGAUGGCUCUCGGUCGAGUUCCGAGAACUGGAUGGCGGGGCGCACGUGCUUCAGAUGUGGUGAUCCCGAUCACUUCCGGAAUUUCAGUGAGGAUUACCAGGAUGCUAAGCGGAGGGGUAUACCUUUCGUCCCCCCACCGCAGGCGGAAGCGAAGCGAUUGGAGGAGCUAGCGGAGAAGCGAAAGUUUGAGGAUGAACGGGAUGCAAGACUGAUGCGUAUGGUGCGUGAGGAGGUAUUCCGUGAAAAAGAGAAGUAUGAGGGCGCAUCGACGGCGAGAAGGAUCGUAAAGAUUAUAAAAACUAACGAACGAGGGGAGACGUCGAAGGAAGAGAAGGAGCGGUUGAGGCGGUUGAUAGCGACCGCGGAAGCCGACGAGGAGGAAUUAGAGGAUGACGAAUUGCUCAGAUUGCGCCGAAGAGCGGCUGGUCUUAGCUUGAACGAUAAGAGGAAGCGUGGCAAGGAGACUGUCGUGGGCGACAACCCUCCGAUGAUUAUUCCUACGAAGGGGCAGCGUACUGGUAUGUCAUGUGGUGCGAAGUCGCGAAUCAGCAAGAUCUGCGCUGAUAGGGGCGUCGGGGCGGGUUGCUCGACGAGCAUCCUUGAACCCGUCGGUAAGAUCUCAUUGUCGCUUAAACACGUGACGGUUGGCACCGGGCCCGACGAUAAGGAGAAGUAUGAGGCCGAAUGUCGUGAGCUGUUCGAAGCGUUGGCCGUGGAUGAACUGAAGGACGCGUGUAAGGCAGACCGGGUUGUGUAUGGGAAGCGCGAGAUAGCAAUCAGCCGGUUGGUAAAAAGACGUGUUGUGAAGGCGUACGAUCCAGUCAACGUGGCCCUGCCGGUGUCCUCGAGGGUGGGGUUGCGACGAUCAGGCAGGACGGCACGCACCACGGAGGACGACGCUGAUAAGGAUAACGAGGAGGCAUCUGAGUGAGGAUGUUGGCCUCAGGAUCUAUGGUGCAGGAUCGGACGGUUGGCAGAAAGGCGACUUCGGGAGCAUGGUCGUAAUGUUGAAGAUGA